GUGGACCCGUGCCUGGCGCGCGAUAAGGAGUUGCAGCGGGUCAUUCAGAUCCUUAGCCGCCGCACCAAGAAUAACCCGGUGCUGGUUGGGGAGCCGGGAGUCGGCAAGACUGCAAUUGUCGAAGCCAUGGCCCAGAUGAUCGCCAGCGGCGAUGUUCCCGACACCCUGCAGAACAAGCGCCUGGUGACCCUGGACAUGGGUUCGCUAGUCGCCGGCACCAAGUACCGCGGCGAGUUCGAGGAACGUCUCAAGAAGGUCAUCGAAGAGAUCAAGAGCUCCGGCAACUGCGUUCUGUUCAUCGACGAGAUUCAUACCCUUGUCGGGGCCGGUGCAGCCGAGGGCGCGGUGGACGCUUCCAAUAUCCUGAAGCCGUCGCUGGCCCGUGGCGAGUUGCAAUGUAUCGGCGCCACCACUCUCGACGAUUACCGCAAGUAUGUGGAACGCGAUCCGGCUCUGGAACGCCGUCUCCAGCCGGUGCGGGUGGAAGAACCCACCACCGACGAAACCGUGGAUAUCUUGAAUGCCGUCAAAGAGCGAUACGAAGACCACCACAACGUGACCUAUUCCAAUGACGCCAUACAUAGCGCCGCCAACUUGGCCGCGCGCUUCAUCUCCGACCGCUUCCUCCCCGACAAGGCCAUCGACCUUAUCGAUGAAGCGCGUCCCGGUUCCGCCUGCGCGGCAGCAGCGUCACCCCGGUCUCGGGUCGUAACCGAAGACGACAUCGCUGAAGUGGUCAGCAUGUGGACCGGCGUCCCGGUCGCCCGUCUCGCUAAAGAAGAAACCGAGCGCCUCCUCCAGAUGGAAGCCGAUCUACACAAGCGCAUCAUCGGCCAGGACGAGGCAGUCGUUAAUAUCUCCAAGUCCGUUCGCCGCGCCCGGGCCGGCCUCAAGGACCCGCGCCGACCGAUCGGCGUGUUCAUGUUCCUUGGCCCCACCGGUGUCGUCGGCAAGACCGAACUCGUCCGGGCCUUGGCCGAGUUCAUGUUCGGCCACGAAGACAACAUGAUCCGCUUGGACAUGUCCGAGUUCCAGGAACGGCACACCGUGGCCCGCCUCAUCGGCGCCCCUCCGGGAUAUGUGCUACGACGAGGGCGGUCAGCUAACCGAGGGUGUGCGCCGCAAGAACUACUGCUGCUCCGUCUGCUCGACGAGCAUCAGAGAGGCCCACCCCCGAGGUCUUCACAUCCUGCUCAGAUCUUCGACGCAGGCACGUGUGAGCCGACGCGCGGGGCCCGCAGGUGGACUUCCGCAACUCCAUCUUGGUGA